AUGAUAAAAUGGUCCCAGAUUCAGCGUCAACGAGGAAAAGAAAACUACAAGAGAAGGCGUAGCUGUGGAAAUUUGGCAUUGUCACUCUAUGACCAAUUUUUUUUAUUUAUGAUCAGACUAAGAUUAGGAUUACUGGAGACAGACUUGGGAGUAAGAUUCAAUAUUAGCAAGAGUUCUGUUAGCAGAAUUAUUUUAACUUGGGCAAAUUUUCUGUAUACAAUGCUUGCCCAAGUGCCAAUUUGGCCUACAACUGCUCAGAUAAAAAAUAGUAUGCCUGAGUGUUUCAAAACUAUAUACCCUAAAACAAGAGUCAUUUUAGACUGUACCGAAAUCAAGGUCCAAAGGCCUAGCUCCAAGGUUCUAAACUCAGAAUUUUACUCAGCAUACAUGUCGCAUACCACCUUAAAAUGCCUAGUUGGUAUUGCUCCUCAUGGCGCUGUAACAUUUAUAAGUUCCCUAUAUCAGGGAAGUAUAUCAGACAAAGAGAUUACAAGACGCAGUGGUAUUCUGUCACUAAUCCAAGAAGGAGACGAGGUCAUGGCAGAUAAGGGUUUCCUGAUUCAGGAUUUAUUAGAACCCAAAAAAGCUACAUUGACAAUCCCUCCUUUCUUGUCUAAAGCAAGGUCUAUGCAGUUCACCUCCAAAGAAGUAACAGAAACACAACAGAUUGCCCGCCUUCGUAUACAUGUUGAGCGAGCAAUCAGACGAAUCAAAGAAUAUCAAAUUUUUGACAAAGUUUUGCCACUUUCGUUGGCUGGUUCGGUAAACCAAAUUUGGACAGUUUGCUGUCUUCUUACAAACUUUCGAGGUCCACUAUAUUGA